GUCCCCGGGGCCCAGAGGAGCCGGAGUCCUCACCUCUCAAGCCUGGCGGGGGAGCCGGGCGUGGAGGUUCGUCCCGCGAGGAGGCGGCAUUUCCCGCAGGUCCUGGUGCUGCUGCCAGUGAAGCUGGGCGCUCUGGGAACGGUGCUGACUCAGACAAGGCCCCGGCCCACUCCCACCCGGGCGCAAACUGCAAGGAAGAGCCAACUUGUGGGAAGGCCCAGAGAUGGCAGGGAAAGCGCCGGGAGCCGAGGCUCCGCAAGCACCGAGGAGGUGGGGUCCUGUCGGGCGCCGGCAGCACCACCACAAGGCCAGGGCCGCGAGCCGGAGCUUUGGGUCAGUGCCUUAGAGGCAACAAUUCCCAAACACUGAGACCGCCUCUAGAAAAACGAAACUUGGAACUCUCCGGCGCACUUCUGGAGGAUACCAACGCUUUCCGGGGUCAUUCGAUAUAGUUUGCUCCCGGAAUCCUGGCUCCCAAAGACACGCUGAGGAACUUCUUUCUCCUUGUCCACUUGGCCUGCAGAAGUAGGAAUUUCUAAGAAAUAUUUCUGCUCACCGAGAGCCUUGUGUUGGAAACAUGAGGAAGUCCCAUACCGGGCACUAUACUCCCAGUACUUCUAAGAAAAGGGAAGCUCUCCACAAAGCAGCAGUAGCUGAUUACAAUUUUGAGAAGCACAGCUUGAUGCCUAAAAAGGAAAAGACCUGGAAGAAGGGAGAAUUUGACCACAAGAGAGCAAAGCAUCCUAGGAGGGUGAGGCAACGUCGAGUCAGCAAGCCCCUCCUGGAGACACUGUGGAUCCAUUUCAGACACACCAGAAAUGUUGAUGCCCGGCAGGUACAAAUGCUAGCACAAUGCCUGGACCUGUCACCCAAUCAGGUCAAAAACUGGUUCCAAAGAAAGAGUUUCCUGUAUAAAAAAUGUUUCCACAGACAGCAGAGAUCAGCCGGAUAUGUACUGGACUUACAACCACGGCAGCAGCAAUACCAGCUAAAAUUCCUGCCUGGAACAAAAGCCCCGAGUUUCACAUUCCGUGAGACAGAUCAGAAACCAAGUCUGUGGAAGGCUGUUACUCAAAUCCUUCUCUGCAUAAAAGACUUGCUAAUUAACGUCUCCAGGUACAAGUCAUUAGAACUUGCUCCAGUGUCUUCAGUCAUCAACUCUAUUUUUUCUUACGUCAAUUCUGAUUAUAUGUAUUUAUCAGCUCACCUAAAAACAAAAACAAACAAAAAUUUCCCGCUUUGAAUUCCCAUCUCCCAAUUGUUCUCCAUCCUUUUCAAAGUCAAAUUUCUUGAAAAAGUAAUCUCCUUUCCCUACUACUACUUUUUCUUUUCUAAAAAAAUUAUUGUAUUUUACUUUUUUACGUUUUCCACUGUGAAAUGUAACAUAUAUACAGAACAGUGACAACUUUCAAAGUACAAUUUAACAAGUAGCUAGAGAGCAAAUUUCAAAGAAUGUUAUGGGUUACAGUUCCACAAUUUUAGUUUAUUUCCUUAUUUUGAAAUAUAUCAUAUAUACAGAAAUGUGAUAACUUUCAAAGUACGAUUUAACUAGUUAUGUAGGUAACUUCAAGGGAUGUUAUGGGUUACAGUUCCAUAUUUUUAGUUAUUUCCUUAUUGUAAAAUAUACAGAAUAGUGAUAACUUUCAAAGUACCAUUUAACUAUA